AUGGCAGCAUGGCUCGACCUUUGCUCCGAUACCACAGGCAGGUCCUUGGUAGAUACCGGGCGACUCAACGAAAUUGUCCAAGGAAUGAGUCAUCCCAAGUCGCAAUAUCCCUCCUUUGUCUACUUCGCUGGCAACGGGAAUCGCAUCAAGGCCCUCCAGGCUUUGUUCCCUCGCAACAACAUCACUCGCAAAGGACCCACUGGUAUCAUCCGUGCUCAUCUCAGUACAGCGACCGCCCACACUGAAAAUCCUAUAAUUUUUGCGGAGAGUAACCUUUUCAGUCACGCUGGAGUGGGCGACACUUCCUUGCUUAGAUGGUCUGGAGAAAACCAUCAACGAUAUCCUAUCUCCCCUGGAGAGUCUCAGCCUCUAGCAGAGCUUCAACAAGAAGUGAUUAGACAAAAAGUCUUGCCGUGGACUCAAAUUCUCUGUCUUUUUGUUGAUACAGUCUCUGAAAUGCAAGACGUACAGCAGCUGCUGGAUGCGCCGUUUGGAACCCUGUCAAUUGGGACUCAGAAGAUUCAGAGAUUGAUGCGCGUGGUGAUUGUCCUGUCAGAGAACUCAAGAUCUGAAAUUAAUGAGGAGGAAUUGGGGGUUGAGACACCUGCUGCAUGGAUUGGCCAACACAAAGUUACAAUUUUGAAUAUACGGGACCGGUCAGCAUUGUCUUCCAACGCUGCCUUUGAGCCAUUACGACGCCUAGUUCUUGAUGAAGUUCAGGGAAUACAAAAGGAACACAAAAGAAAUUGCCUCUCCAUUUCAGCCGUGCACCUUAAUGCAUUGUGGGGCCGAAAUAUUCAACUUCAAAUGAAAGCAUCGAACCCGGCCAACCUUGACUGUCUUUCAGUCGCGCGAAGUGCUCAGACAAAUGAUAAAGCAAUUGCUAGUUGCUUAGUCGAGUUUCAGAGCCAAAUCCAAAGUUUUGCAAGCCAUGAAAGUGAGGUUUAUAACUUCAUCGCCUCGGCUCUCCUACUGGAUGCGUAUCCGCCUGAGAUGCACUUGUUCGAGCCAGAGAUGAUUUUCAACGCCCUUUAUCGCAGUUACUGUCGGGAUGCCUGGCCGGAAAGUUCAGAAAAAGCCUGUGUAAACAUUGUCGAUCAAUUUAUCAUGAGCUUCGCUCAAUUGGGACCGAAGAAAACCUCAGUAGCUAUCCGUCGAGAGUCUCUUGCACGGUUCUAUCACCGAUGGGGAGGUUUGCAUUCGACAACAACUUGCUUUUCUUGCAUGUGUCGGCCGCCAGAGCAUAUGCUGCCUUGCAGACACGCAAUCUGUGAUACUUGCGUUGUAAUGUUUGGAACUGCGAGUUCGCGCGCAGAAUACCAUACUGAUCUAUCCAAAUGCCCUAUUUGUGAUAAAUCACUCCAACUCACAGUUCGCCGACUUCCACCAACCAAGCGACCUAUUGUGGUAAGCCUAGAUGGGGGAGGUGUUCGUGGUAUCCUUCAGCUAGGGUUACUACGAGAACUCGAAAGGCGACUUGGGGGCAUAUCAAUAGCGCAGAUUUCUGAUUUGUGUAUAGGGACAAGCGUUGGUAUGUUCCUCUUUCAUUGCAACAAUGCACUAUUUGAAAGUAGAGAACUGACAAACAAGCCAGGGGCGCUUUCAGAAAUGGACAUAAUCCUAAACAAUAUUUCUGCAGAAGAAAGCUACGCUAAAUUCCCCGAGCUUGCUCAGAUGAUUUUUAAAUCAUCUUCUAAAUCAGAAUCAAGAUCCCCGAUACCUCGCUAUAUUAAAAUAGUCAAAUACCUGGCAGGCUUUCUAGCCGACUGCCAGUACGACUCGGAAAACCUUGAGAGUAUCCUGCAGAAAGUUGUGGACCCCCAACGUCGAAUUUUUGAUGUUAUGAAGACUUCCGCCGGUUGCCGAGUAGCCAUCAUCACAAGCCGUAUUUCCGAUGGCAAAGCGUGCGUUUUGGCAAAUUAUCGUGGGAAGGGCCAUCGUGAUUUGAAGGCAGCUUAUCAGUUCUUAACACCUCGGACGGAGAAUGAAAAUCCCUUUUUACAUGACGCAGCUCAGUGCAGUAUUGCCGCUCCCUUCAUCUUUCGAACGAAAUCCCUUCCAGGAUUUGGAUUGUUACAAGACGGUGGAGUUCGCGCCAACAAUCCCUUAGCGAUUGGCCUCAAAGAGUCAACUGUCAUCUGGCCCUUAGCCAAAACGCAUGAUCUGCUCUUGUCAGUAGGAACAGGGCGUUCUUCCUUUAUGGCUAAGCAAGAUAAAGCUUCUCGGAGCUUUUGGCGAGAUAGUGCUAUACCUCGCAUGAUCCGAGCAACAUUGUCUUCUCCGUCCAUGGAUGGCGAGCAGGGGUUUCAUGAAGCACUCAAUCUUGUGCCAGAUGACAAGAAACCAAAUAUUUUCCGCCUGAAUCACGAGGUCUCAGAAGCUCUUCCUCGGCUGGAUGAUGUGAGUAGACUAGCAGAGAUGUCUAAAAUGCGUUUUGCCGUUCCAGAUGAGCUAGUGAGAGCUAUUCUAGUGACUGCAUUCUUCUUCUUUGAACUCGAUGGACAGCCAAUUAAAAAACAUGGGGUCUACUUCUGUCAUGGGUCGAUUCUGUGCUCUCGCUCAUAUGCCAAGGAUCUGGUGAAGAAGGUCAUGGUGGAAUUUCCGGGCGCAAGGUUCCAGACAGCCCGGGGUCACCAUCUCGGAGACGUCGUUGAAGAUGACAGUUGCCGUCUAUGUGGAUACUAUCGCAAAGAAGUGAACUUUUCCGUCAAUGGACUUGACGAAAUGACAACAAUUGGGGUUGCUGGUUCUUCGUUCUUUCAAAGAAUUGGCGGCUUUCCUAAGUCAGUGCAGGAGCUCCUCGAAGAUCAACAAGCAAAUUCCCACUUUGGUCGUGAAGAUCAUUUAGUUGAUUGCUGGCCCCCAAAAAGGAAUUGUUACUGCCCCCCACGGGCCAAGCGGCAAGUAGAAUUUCAAGAACCUGCCCUAGAGCACAAAAAACGGCGGCUGUGA